CCGCGCAUGCGCGAGGAAACUCGGCCCCAUCUACAACACUGGUCCGACGUAUGUCAACGCAUGUUCUCGUACCUUUCCGGUUAAAAUUCCAAGAUGGCUCGUGGUCCAAAGAAGCAUCUUAAACGUCUUAACGCACCUAAAGCAUGGAUGUUGGACAAACUGGGGGGUGUAUAUGCCCCCCGGCCAUCCACCGGUCCGCACAAACUCAGGGAAUCGCUCCCUUUGGUUAUCUUUCUACGUAAUAGAUUGAAGUAUGCUUUGACUAAUUGUGAGGUCACUAAGAUCGUCAUGCAGCGCUUGAUUAAGGUGGACGGAAAGAUUCGCAUUGAUCCCAACUAUCCUGCUGGUUUUAUGGAUGUCAUUACAAUCGAGAAGACUGGUGAGUUUUUCCGUUUGAUCUAUGACGUCAAGGGACGUUUCACUACUCAUCGCAUUACUGCUGAAGAAGCCAAGUACAAAUUGUGCAAGGUAAAGCGUGUUCAGACUGGUCCUAAAGGAAUACCAUUUUUGGUAACACAUGAUGGUAGAACAAUCCGAUAUCCUGAUCCUGUUAUAAAAGUUAAUGACACUAUUCAUCUGGAUAUUGCUACUGGCAAGAUCUUGGAUUCUAUUAGAUUUGAUUCAGGUAAUCUAUGCAUGAUUACUGGUGGAAGGAAUUUAGGUCGUGUCGGUACUGUUGUGAGCCGUGAACGUCAUCCUGGCUCCUUCGACAUUUGCCACAUAAAAGAUACGCAGGGACAUACUUUUGCCACAAGAUUGAACAAUGUCUUCAUCAUUGGCAAAGGCACGAAGGCUUACGUGAGUUUACCACGAGAUAGAGGUGUGAAGCUGUCGAUUGCCGAGGAACGUGACAAGAGAUUAGCGGCGAAAGGAGUUAAUUAAUAAUGUAAAUUUUCAAGAAAAUAAAAUUGAUCAAUAAAAAUAUAAUU